AUGCAGUGCAAUCCUCACAAUGCCAUCUGGGACUUCUACCUACAGACUCCGGACAACUGUUACAGCCUUCCCAAGGUUAUGCUCGCAUCCGCCAGCGUCCAAGUAGUUUCGGACUGGACUAUGGUGUUGCUGCCGCAGAAAGUAAUUUGGUCUUUGAAUAUGAACUGGCAAAGGAAAGUCGGUAUCUCCGUACUUUUCACUGUCGGACUUUUGGCUUCAGUAUCAGCAUCUGUCCGUCUGUACACCACUAUCAACUUUGCUGGAACAGAAGACCAGAUGUACUUCAUCGCUCCUCUCCUAUUCUGGGCCUGCGCGGAGAUGACCUGUGGGUUUGUCAUCCUGUCGGUGCCCUGUAUCCCAAAAUUCAUGUCAGAAUCUGGCAUCUCGCCGCGCCUGAAACAGUUGCUGCAACGCGUUCCAGGAAGGUCCGGGAAGUCGACCGCGGCCUCAAAUCCUCAAAGCUAUAAAUUUGGAGACAUAGUUACCAUUGGAGGUUCAAAUGGAAACAAGAAGGUGGCCCGUGAUAAUACAUACUUUGAGAUAGCUGAUGGCGGUGUGGAGUUGGGGGCCGUGGAGACCAACUGCAGUCGUGACGAUGAUAAAGCGAGGCACAAGUGA